CCUCGUGCCUUCUCUACUUCUAUACGUACUGAGCGUAUCAACGACCACAACACGCACGGCAAGCAUGGCGCACGAAACAGUCUGGUACUCGCACCCGCGCAAUUACGGCAAGGGCUCGCGCGGCUGCCGCGUCACAGGCGAGAAGAAACGCUCCGGCAUCAUCCGCAAGUACGGCCUCAAUAUGUCGCGGCAGGCGUUCCGUGAGCAGGCGGAGGCUAUUGGCUUUAAGAAGUGUCGAUGAGGGGUGUGUGGGUAGUGGUCCGACGGUGAUGGUGAGGGAAAGAGAGAGAUAGAGUUGACGAGGGUUUGGCGCGAGUGCUCGCUCGUUGUGUUCGGCGGCCUGGAGGACUUAUAUGCACGCAGGAUGAGAGGGAGUGUGUUGUACACGCUA